AUGAAUGUGCCGUAUGUUUAUGGGAUCGCCAUGAUCUUGUUUGGGGCAUUAUUUUUGGUGAAAACUCAAGGGGGUAUCACAUCGCUAUAUUGUGAUAUAGAGAAACUGAUACCAUGCCUUCAAUAUGGGGAUCCAGCGGUAAGACCACCUUCUCGAGAUUCAGAAUGUUGUAGAAAUAUCCACGAACAAGAACCGUGCUUGUGUAUGUUUUGGAGGGAUCCCGAAUUUCAAGAAGAGUUCGAUACCCCUGGUGCUGCAAGAGUUGCAAGAUUUUGUCGUAUCACCCUCCCUAAUGCAGCAAUUUGUGGUUAA